AUGCGCGACAACAGCGAGAUUCCGAGGGGCCUGCGAUUGGAUUGCUUCCUCUAUGUUGAUGAGGAGUCUUUGCAAUCGCGCGACGAGUCCAGAUCGUACGUCUGGUUGGGCGAGCCGGAGGAGACGGCUGAGGCGCUCAAGGUGCACAUCAAGCACAUCGCCCCGACGCUCUUUGCGCGUGUUACACAGCGCGAUCUCGUGGGUGAGGCAAAACGAAGACCGUAUCGCCAUACCUCGGAGCUGGGACUGUUGCAUCGGGAGGCGCGUCACUCGCGGAAUGCGGAGGGGGAGCCCGAUGGGAUUUGGCCGCCUCCGGCUCGAUAUAUGUGA